AUGAAGCUCAAGCAAAGGGCGGAAGCAGCAGAACAACGUCAAGGGGUGGUAAACUCUACCGAGCCCAGUCCACCGUUAACCCAACGACGACAGGACCUUCAGCGCCGCGAAAUGCUGAGGAAUUCUCUGGAAGAGGCCACCUCGAGUAUUUCAGAACUAGUUUCAUACUCACGCAACAACAUCAGCACGACUCGAAGUCGAGACGUUGAGCGUGCCCAAGACAAACAGGUGGCGGACUCCAACAAUGGCCCAGGAACCGUAAAUCAGCUCGACAAAAGCCCCGGUCAUGGUCGUCCACCGCUACAUCAAGGACUCAACGAGGAAAGAAUAGCAACAAAGGACUUUUCGUCCAAAGUGUCCUCGGUGGAGAAAGCGGACAGGCCUCGAUCUUGGUCGCUCCCCGCCUCUCACGAUGCCACCAGUUUCGAAGAGCCCAACCCCGAUGACUUCUACGGGGAUUCGUCUACCCUCUCCUUCAUGCAAGCUGUCCAAACAACAAUCAUCUCAAACUCGUCUCCGGAUUCGGUGUCGCCCGACUCGAAUUAUAGAAGUGGAGCCAAACCACGCCCGACCCGAGCAGUCUCAUUCCGAUUUGGCGUUGAGAAUUGCUUACCUCAAAGAUCUCUUGCUGACGACCUGGUCAAUUCCUACUUCCGCUACGUCCAUAUCCUGUACCCCUUCUUACAUCGGCCUUCAUUUGAGGCUCAGUACGAACGCACCUGGGUCUCAGGAGAACAACAAGACGAUCAGUGGUUGGCAAUGCUGAAUGUCAUUUUCGCCCUUGGGAUCCAUUUUGCAUAUGGACAGGAAGACAAAUCUGCAGCGAGUGAUAGGUUCUUUGGCUAUGCGCAGAAGCUCGUCUCAAUGGAGCAGUUUGCCCACGCAAAUCUGCAAACACUUCAACUUCUUCUGCUCAGCGGUCUCUACUAUCAAUCUACCAGUCGUCCGAACCAGACAUGGAACGUGAUAGGGUUAGCCAUAAGGAUUGCCACAACCAUCGGAGCCCACGUUGAUCCAAUGCCGUCACAAUACAAUCCCUUGCAGAUUGAAAUACGGAGAAGAUGCUGGUACGGGUGUAUUGUCCUCGAUUCGGUUUUGGCGCUGAACUUUGGACGUCCCACUGCCAUUCCAAGUACCUUUGGUGUCUCACUUCCUUCGAACCUCGACGACGAGUAUAUUACGGAAGAGGGAUACCUUGAACAGCCCGAGCACGUUCGACCCAAGAUAACGGUAUUUAUCAAAUCAGUGGCUUUCUGCUCCAUCAUGAAGGACGUAUUAUACACUCUCUAUUCGCCCCUCAACGGUUCUGGUCACCAGCAUAGUGGCAAGGCUUCUGCGCCUCCCGAAUUCAAGGACGCGGUCAACCUGGACAAGAGCCUGGUUGAGUGGUUUCGAGGCCUUCCAGAGUACUUGAAAGUAGGGGCUUUGGACGAGAUGGAGGAAUUUCGGAGAACCAGAAAUAUCCUCCUUGCCAGGCAAGCCAGCGUACCUAGCGAGAGGCUUUCCUACGGCUGA